AUGGCCUUCCAAGGCAUUCCCCGGCCGGUGCGAAUCAUCCUGAAUUCUCCAAGAUCUGGCUCCCCAUCACUAACCUGUGUUACGAUGAUUCAGAAUGUCACUGCUGUGACAUCCGAUAUCUGGCCCUCCAUGUCUAGCCUUUUCACUGCCUCUCUGAAGCGCUCCGGCCGAACUUCGACCCUCGCCCGCGCUUUCGCAAUCCCGGCCACUCGAUCCGUUUCGACAGUGACGCUCUUCCGCUUCAAAUCCUUGCAAACAUCACCAAAGCCACAAGGUCUGUCACAGCUCCAACAACAGAGGUUCAUAUUUGGAGGUUCUUCACAGAACCUACUGGCACAGAAGGAGAAGACCGCGAACAAUAACCCGAAUAGCGCCAAUGCCCAGAAUGCCUUCUACCAAGCCCUGCUGCGUGCAAACAUGCCCGCGAUUGUUGUAGAAAGAUACCGGACCGCACAAUUCGCAAGCAACUCUACGACAGAGGCCAUCUUCACUCAAGCUUUGCAACGCGUCGGCGGUGCUGAAGCCAUCGGUUUCGGAGCGCAGGCCCAGGGUCUCAAAUCAGAACAGCUUCAGGCCGUUGGACAGGCCGUUGCUGCGCAGAAUGGUGGUGGUCAAAUUGGAAUGGCAACUCGGCAAACUGGCACCGGCGCGAAGGAGGCCCCUCUCUACGUCGUAGUGGAUGAGUCUCUGAGCAGCGUAGUUUUCCGAUGGGUCAAGUUCCUUUUGAUCUUUGGAUUUUUCAGCUAUCUUUCCCUUGUUGUGGUUACCAUCUUGAUCGAGACUACCGGUGUUUUGAAGAACAUUCGCGGCACACAGACCAACGAAGCCCAGCCCCAGCAGCAAACUGUGCGGUUCAGCGACGUUCACGGAUGUGACGAGGCCAAGGAUGAGCUUCAAGAGCUCGUCGAAUUUCUUCUCAACCCCGAGCGUUUCUCAUCUUUGGGUGGUAAGCUACCCAAGGGUGUUCUUCUGGUUGGCCCUCCUGGUACUGGUAAAACCCUGCUCGCCCGUGCUGUCGCGGGAGAAGCCGGUGUUCCUUUCUUCUACAUGUCUGGUUCCGAAUUCGAUGAGGUCUACGUCGGUGUUGGCGCUAAGCGUGUCCGCGAACUCUUCAGUCAAGCCCGUGGCAAAUCCCCCGCUAUCAUCUUCAUCGAUGAGCUGGAUGCUAUAGGUGCGAAACGGAAUGAGCGUGAUGCUGCCUAUGUCAAGCAAACCCUCAACCAGCUGCUCACUGAGCUUGACGGUUUCUCCCAGAGCAGCGGUGUUAUCAUUCUCGGCGCUACCAACUACCCACAACUGCUCGACAAGGCAUUGACCCGACCUGGUCGAUUCGACCGCAAGGUCACUGUCGGUCUCCCUGACGUCCGCGGCCGUAUGGAUAUUCUUCGACACCACAUGAAGGACGUUCAGAUCGGCACUGAUAUCGAUCUUGCUGUUAUCGCCCGUGGCACUCCCGGUUUCUCUGGCGCAGACCUUGAGAAUCUUGUCAACCAGGCCGCGAUCCAUGCCAGUCGUGAUCGCAAGACCAAGGUCGGCUCGUUCGACUUCGACUGGGCCAAGGACAAGAUCAUGAUGGGUGCUGAGGCUAGGAGCCGCAUCAUUCAAGAUAAGGAUAAGCUGUCGACUGCCUACCAUGAAGCCGGUCAUGCUCUUGUUUCCUACUUCUCGCCCUCAUCUACCCCUUUGUAUAAGAUUACUAUCGUCCCUCGUGGAAUGGCUCUUGGUUUGACCCACUUCCUGCCGGAAAUGGAUGCUGUCUCACGGAAUUAUUCCGAGUUCCUGUCUGAUAUUGCCGUUGCUAUGGGUGGCCGGGCUGCAGAGGAAUUGAUCUAUGGCCCGGAAAAUGUGUCAAGCGGUAUCUCCGGCGACAUCCAACAAGCGACCGAGACAGCUUUCACCCUGAUCACUCUCUUUCCUCCGAAACAAAGCAGGAGAUUGAGGGGGGAGGUCCGUCGCCUCGUCGAGGAGGCACGGGAUAAGGCCACCAAAAUCCUGACCGAGAAGCGCAAUGAACUCGAGCUCCUGACCAAGGCUCUGAUCGAGUACGAAACCCUCACCAAGGACGAGAUGGAAAAGGUUCUUAAGGGAGAGAAACUCGAGGGCAAGCUCUUGGCGUCGCCCAGUGCGCCGCUUAAGUUGCCCGAGGCUCUCCAGAUCCCUAACCUGAACCCCACUGGGACUGAACAACCGCCCACAGCGGCGGAGUAA